GGAAAUAACUAAUGACUAAUUACAGGGUUGAAGAUAUAAUUUUGGCCGAGGCAAUGGUCAAGGCGGAGAUGUGUGAAAAGCGGGUCGACUCCGCGGCGCCGGCUCAAGCUGCAUCUUCUACAGUACCUCCGCCCGGAGGUGCACCGCCGUUUCUGUUACCGUUGCCGUCACCACCGCCGGCGUCUUCAUCAUCAACGACAACGACGGUGGAUAAGUCUAAACCAAGAUGGUACCGUGCUGGGCGCGGGCGCAAGGAAGGGUGGAACAGCCGUGGCCGUGGCCGCGGUCGUGGCCGUGGCCGUGGCAGCGGCCGCAGCCGCCCCUACACCAACAAUAAAUAUGGAAAUAUUUAUUUUUAUUAAUAAUCC